AUGGGUGAUGACGAUGCUAGAUGUGAACGGCGUGGUGAUAAUAUGGAGCCGACCAACGGCGAUAAUGAUAGUAUUGAGCCGACUAAUGGUAGUGAGAGUAUGGUGGUGGUUGGGGAAUGA